GAUGAACAGAAAGUGAUAGAGACACUGAGCAAGUGUGGACCACUUUUACAAUUCAUUCAUCUACCAGGGUCGGAGUGGUUCGGAUGAUAGAAGGAGAGGGUCAGUGUUUUCUCACAAGUGAUAUUUGAUGUAUGACAAUCUGACCAUGCUGAACUUACAAAACGGCUCCAACUGGACUGGCCCAAACAACUGGUACCACCCGGCCGACACCAUCACUCCUCAACACGGUACAGAUGGUUGCGUGGAAGAUCUGAAUGUGCAGAUGGCUGGAGCAGGGGAAGGAGUGGUGCAGGGAGAGAGGGAUGAGGUGGACGAGUCGCAGCUACACUUGCAGCUAAAGAGGAAGCUGCAGAGGAACCGCACCAGCUUCACCCAGGAGCAGAUAGAUGCCCUGGAGAAAGAGUUUGAAAGGACUCAUUACCCAGAUGUAUUUGCUAGAGAGAGACUAGCUGCAAAGAUUGAUCUUCCGGAGGCCAGAAUUCAGGUAUGGUUCUCCAAUCGGAGAGCUAAGUGGAGAAGGGAGGAAAAGCUGAGAAACCAGAGGAGAUCAGGGAGCACCAGUUCCUGUUCUCAGACACAUACUCCCCUGAGCACGUCCUUUACUUCUCCUGUAUAUCACUCCCAUCAUAGCAACAGCUCAGGCUCAAUGCACAGUCGGAGUGAUUCGUCUCUCUCAGGCUAUAGCUCUCUGUCUGUCUUCUCCAGUAUGCAGUCGUUGCCCUCCCAGUCCACUCCAACUUACUCCUGCAUGUUGCCUCCUUCUCCUUCUGCCCUCCCCCCUCUUUCCCGUAAGUUUGACUCCUCAUCCUACACCUCUCCCCAUCUCCCGCCCCCACCCACGGCCAGCGCAAACACAGGAUUCUUUCCCGGUGUUUCCGCAGCAGGGCAGACUGCAGUUCAAGGUGGCGAUCAGGAGCUGGGACAAGGUCUGAGUCAGUACUGGACGAGACUGCAGUAAAAACACAUCUUAUCGUUAUCAGACAAACCAGCAGAGCUUCAAUCAGCAACUUUGAGCAAAUUAUUUAACAAGAAACUUGUCAGGAAACCCUACUUAUUUAGAUUAUGAACACAUCAGGGAAGCAGUCUAUGUAAGCCAUAACAAAAAAAAAUAACGUCAACCUCACAAACCUGCACAGACGGAAGAGAAAAUGGAUUCCAGCAUUAUGUAGGCCUAGUCAGCACCAUGCCAGACAAUAGCACAAACUAGUCUGGUUAACAUUCUCAGCUACUGGAGUUAAAACAGGGCAUCUAAAUCUAAAAAAAAAUAGCUGAGGACAACACCUUGCCUCAUGAUUAUGCAACAAAAAUUUGUUGUUUAAUUGAUGUGCCACUUACAGUCGACAUGACCAAAAAAAUAGGAUGUUUUAAAGCUCCUUCUGUAGCUGCCGUUUAGAAGUUUGGGUUUAGUGAGAUAUUUUGAAGUGAUAGUUCACCCAAAAAUGAAAAUUCCAUCAUUAAUUACUCACCCUCAUGUUGUUCU